UUCUUUUCUUUUUCAGGUGAAGAGGCCAUAAAAAGUUUCUGGGAAGCGAUUAAGAUUUAAUAUUUUACCACAUACAUUCUAUGAUGGUAAGGUGUCUGAUUCAAUUAUCAUCCCUCUGUUGAUGCAUAUUUUCUAUUUAUUAAACACACAACACAUCUAAAGCAUUAAGAAGUACCUGUCAAAUAUGACAUUUGCACAAAAACUGAUCAAAUUUGUAAUUGUAUGUAUCAGAACUGCCUAAUGUUUUGUUAUUCAUUAUCAUGCCAUAUGAAGAUAAACUAAAAUGUGCUAAUAAUAAUAGGAUUAUGUUAAGAACUCCCAGAAGUGAAAUACAGUUAAAGAUAUAUAUGAAAGUAAACUUUAGGGAGGGGGUGUUUUGUGAAUGGAAUUAACAGUGGGACCAUGUAAUGGGCUUGCCAUUGUUCCUUUUCAUGGCUGCAGUCUUUCAUGCAGAACUGAGAACCAGUAUUUUUUGGAUUUCACCAUUCUUGGCAGAGUGGUUGUAAGUAUUGCAAGUAAGUACUGCAAGGAGCAUUCGUGCAAUUAAGUGUUGAAGACGCUAUUUUCACAUAUUUUGAGUGUUAAUGGGAAUGAAGUAAUCUCAGAUUGUCUGACAAAUAAUAAUUUGCCAGCUAUUAGUUGGUUAGCUGACGGUUUAGCCUGAGCAACGUUAUCAAAGAAAUGUUAGACAUUCUACACGUGGAAAGCAAGAAGGAACAUUUGGAACCUUGUGAAAGAAUAACAAGUUAUGAUAACAUGUAUUUGAGAUGCAGAGGUUCUAGUGAGAAGUGGAUGUCUGGGGUAUUAUAAUAGAAUAUAUUUACACUUGUGUGCAUUGCAUUUUUGAUAAAAAAAAAAGAAAAACUUUGCUCAUUAUCAAGGAUAGGUAUACCAUAUAUCAGUUUCAAUGCUGAACUUCUUUGCAUGGGUGUAAAAGUGGAGUUGAUUUAGAAGUUGUUCUUAAAUGUUGAACUGAUAUCAACUUGGCUUUUUGCAUUUGAAUUUGUAUUACGUAAAUGUGGAGCAGGCUUGAGCAUUGUAAAGAGCAUGUACUUAUGAAAUGGUACAGUGGUUUCUUGUAGUUUUUCUCAUGAGAUUUUUUCCAUAGUAUUUCUUGAAAGAUAAAUAUCCUUACUAUGAUACAGAGAUAAAUUAUAUAUGCUUGAAUUAUGAAGAUGCAUAACUGAUCACCAUAGAAGGACUAUUGGAUCAGUGGGGUAAAGGAAAAUGAAGCACUUGCUUGUGAGAUAUCUUUCUAUUGUGAUCAAAGUGAAUUGCCAAUAAUUCAGAUAUUCAGUUGAUAAGAACAGUUUAAUUGUCAAUAAAUGUACAUAACAUUUUGUUUAAUAUUCAUGAAUAAACUAUGAACUGAAUAAUGUCUUUUGUGAAUUUUUAAUUGAAAAACUUCAGUUAAAGGAGAUGCACAGUCUUCCUAAUGAUAUUUUUUAUCUUUUGAAGUUUUGUAACUGGGUCAGCUAAGGUGGACUGAGUAUUGGUUGGAGAUGCAGUAAUUUUUAUGAGAAAAAGGGGACCACACUUAGAUGUAGGCAGUGUGUUUUAUCAAAUUUUCAGUCAAAUUGGAAAACUGGAUCUUGCAUAAUUUAACAGUGCUUAUAUGAAUCUGCCUUAUCUGACCUUCCUCAGAAAUCUAAAAAAAAAAAAAAAAAAAAAAAACAGCCUCUAUGUACAUUUAUCUCCACAUUUAAGGUAUCCCAUCUAGGAUUUUCUUUCCCACUCAAUUAUCCCAAAUUUUUUUCUCUGACAAAUGAUUGCUUGAACUUUCCCUGCAUUUGGAUUUGAGGUUUUAUGCAAUUUCUGAUAAAAUAAUUACUUCUAAAUGACUGUCAUGUUACUUAGGUAACCAUACAUUCUAAAACAUUUUGAUGAAAUAUUGACAGUACUUUAACUGUGUAUUUUAUUUUUUUAGGUCUAAAUUGGGAAUGAAAAGUAGCUUUGCAAUUUAUGUAAACAAAAAAUAUUGAGUUUGGGAUGUUUUGAAAUGUGGAUGAUAUACCUUAAAUUACAAAUGCAUAAGUAUUCUACAUAAGUUCUGUCUAAAUAGAUUAUUUUUAAUUAAUGUUAUGGAAUUCCAAGGCUAGCCCAAUAAACUCCACAGAAAAAAAAAAACUUGUUAUUGUUGAUGUUUCCUUGUUUAAAUAUGAAAAAGCUUGUCUAUACACACUAAGUAAUGACUACAAAAAAUAUCCGUUUUGUUAACUGGCUGCCUCUAGACAUUGUGCCUUGACAUUGACACUUCCAUCAUUAUGCAACCUUUGGCCAAUGAGAACCCCCCAUCCAGGCAUGUGAUGUGACACCAUUGUCCAAGUGUAGGUGAUGUAACAGGGUAGACUGACCUAGUCAAUAUGCUAUUAUUUGUCCAAUGUCCUUUGAAUGGUCUUUUGAAUAUGAAGUGAUAUAACAUCACAAGUUGCAGCAACAAAAUUAACAAUUUCACAAUAAAGCAUGUAAAGUUUGAAAAAUAAUGGUUAUCAUAAAAAUGUUUACAACUAUUUACAAUAUACGUAUGGUUUCCCUUUUAUGACUAAUGUGAACACAUUCUUGAACUACAUUUACCUGCAUAUCUACACUGACCCAGUUAAUACUGGAAUUAAAUCACAUGUUUGUCAACACUGGCAAGUGACUAUUUGCACCUUCAUGAGCAGUAACGGAUUAAACAUUAAAUAACGUCCUGGCCAGCUGAUGGCGAGAUAACAUGUAAGCUUUGUCACAGAGGUCCAAUGAGGAAGUUAAAUAUUACCCAGUGAUGUGCACAAUGUAGUAUAUAUCAGAGAAACCAAAGGAAAAAGCCUACCAUACUGUGUAGAGGUGUGAAAUAUGAUGGGCAUAACUGUGCAGACCCUUUUGCUGGGAUUUCUGUUUGUAGCCUGCACAUCUGGUAAAGAUUUUACAGAGAAGUGGUACCAGGUGGUGGAUCUAAUUGCCAGCAAUGCAACCUUGACAAGUCAGUUUUUAUCUGCUGCACAGCAGAAGGACAAGCUGAGUGGUGGUAUGAGUCAUUUCCCUUGUGCUGCUAUUGAUCCAUCUCCUUCAGUGCCAACCUCAGUACACCAGUUAAGGCCAUCAGAUGUCCAGGUUGUGGCAGCCAUGGGGGAUUCCUUGACUGCUGGUACAGGGAUACAUGCUCUGACUGUAGUUGGGGACCUUUUUGGCUGGAGAGGCGUGUCGUGGAGCAUUGGUGGAGAUGAAGAUAUCCACUCAGUGAUCACUCUUCCAAAUAUACUUAAGCAGUAUAACCCCAAUAUAAAGGGUUUUAGUAUAAAGAAGACCUUGUCAAGAGACAAUGAUAGUCCUUAUGCUCGAUUAAAUGUGGCAAAAGGUGGAGAUAAAACAAGUCAUAUGCCAGAUCAAGCGAGGAAGUUGGUGUCUAGAAUGAAGAGCAUGCUGGGAAGUAGUUACGCCACUGACUGGAAAGUUAUUACUUUGUUCAUUGGAGGCAACAACCUGUGUAGUUACUGUGAAGACCCAGAUGGAGCCCAAAGUCCAGAACAGUACAUUACAGACAUACGGAAUGCCCUGGACAUUCUACAUCAGGAAGUUCCCAGAGCCUUUGUCAAUCUUGUGGAAGUUUUCCAAGUUGAACUUAUUGAGCAACUGAACCUAAACCUGCUGUGUAAUAUAGUCCAUAGCAUUACAUGUGAUUGUGCAGCUUUUCCAAAAAGUGAAGCUGCACUUGAGGCAUUGAAAAGGGCAAAUAAAAAAUAUGGUGAAAACCUGAAUGCAUUAGCCGACAGUGGUAGAUAUGAUACCAGAGAUGACUUCACAGUGGUGGUCCAACCUUUCUUCAGAAAUACAAUGUUCCCUACACAUGCAGAUGGUUCUACUGACUCCAGCUUUGUAGCAGCCGACUGCUUUCAUCUCAGUGGCAAGGGUCAGGCAGCCAUGGCAGAAGCCCUGUGGAACAACAUGGUGGAGCCAGUAGGUGGGAAACGUACAGAAUGGAGGGUUGGGGAAGCACUGGAGUGCCCUACAAAUGCUCACCCAUACUUCUACACUAAGAAGAACAGCAACCCAUCUUUCCUGCAGAGUGUUCAGAGCAAUGCCAUGGUGGGGAGCAUGGCUGGCAACGGAGCUGGAAAGAGUUACGAUCAGUUGACGGCUGCAGAUACUAAUACUUUUCAGGGAGUUCAUGGAACUGGGAUCAUCAUCGGCGCCGUAGGAGCCGGCAUACUGCUCGGUGCUCUGUUGGUGGCAGGUGUUCUUUAUCGCAAGUAUCAGCUUAGAACUGGUGGUGAGAGGCGGGCCCUUCUUCAACCCAAUCCAGCUGCUUGAUUGAGAUAUUAGUGUUGAAGUUUUCAUUGAUGAUGAAGCAUUCAAAUGGAUUUAAAGUUUGGAACUGGAACUAUUGCAUCAUUCAAAGGAUUAAAUACUCACCCACUGUGAUCUAAAUGAAAUCAGGUACCAGUGAUAUUAUUUUCAUGUACUUGAAAGACAUUUGAACCAAAUUGUUUACUUCUUAGUGUCCUUAUUGGGCAUAACAUUUGUCUAUGCUUUUUACCAUAGUAUGAUAAUAUUUUGAAUCACAUUUUUCUGUGAUAACCAACAUUAGAAGGUCUGCUCAUUGAUUGUGUUAGUGUCUUAUUUGAUGCAUUAAUAACAAGAAAAAUAAUGACUGUACUGGCUAAGUUAAGAUAUACUGAACUAUUACCAGGAUUGUAAAACCCAGAGAAUUAAUAAUAAAGUGUUAGAACAGUAUAAUUAUUGUAUUAUUAUCAAUUACUUCAGCUUUCAAAUAAGAAAUCACAUGAAAUAAAAUUGUAUUCAAGA